CUUUCUGUUGAAGAGAGCACAGUUAAACAGUUGAAGAAAAAGUUAAACAAUCUUUGAACUGACAAAUCAUUCGAGUUUGGAUUUAAUAUAUGUUAUAUAUGAUAGGAAAACUAACAAUUUUCUGGAUAUAUUCUUGAAUGUCAAUGUAUACGGACAAAAUGCAGCCAAUAUCUUUGGCAAUCAGUAGAUCGUCGGCGUUUAGUCGACCACGUUCAAGUUCGCCGAUUGAUGUAGAAAAUACAGCUGAAGAUCUUUCAAAGAAAGAUAUAACACCGAUGUCAUCUCCUUGCAACAGUGACAGACUCUCACCCGAGAUCACAGAUUCAAAAAUGUGCAAUGGACGUGUUAAUUUUGCUGAAAAUAGUUCUUCAUUUAAAACGCCAUUGCGGUUUGGCGUGGACUCGAUUAUUUCACAUAAUUCUCAUGCUGACUCUAGUAAAGAGGGAUCAAAACCUGAACGGCAGUCACCUCAUUCAGCACAUUCACCAACAAGGGACAGAGACCGGGACUCGGACACAAGUUUGAAUCUUUCACCGCGGUCCGAUAGUUCUAGUCCACAUUCGACGUCGUCACCACAGGAACAUCAUAAAUCGCAUAUAUCUUCGUUUAGUAUGGACGAGAUAUUAGGAAAAAGCCCACCAGUUUCUCACAAAUCUGAUUCUACUACCAGUCCAGCGUAUGUACCAAGUCCGGCCCACGAAACAAGAUGGCCCGGGGGUUUGGCGGUCGGUGCCGGUUUCCCGUGGCUACCAUCAUCCAGAAUUUCACCACCUCCAAACGCAGUAAGCCCGCAGAGAAUCAACCCACAAAAAUGCACAUUACGAAAACAUAAAACGAACAGAAAACCAAGGACUCCAUUCACGACAUCUCAACUUUUAGCACUGGAAAGAAAAUUUAGACAAAAACAGUACUUAUCUAUAGCAGAACGCGCAGAAUUUAGUGCUUCUUUAAACUUGACUGAAACACAAGUUAAAAUUUGGUUCCAAAAUAGGCGUGCAAAAGCAAAGAGACUCCACGAGGCGGAAAUUGAAAAAUUAAAGAUGGCCGCCAAGCCAAUGCUACCUCCAGCACUAGGUAUUACAUUUCCGGCUGCGGCUGCGCUGUACGGUGCUCAUCUUGGACGGUCACAAAUUAUAGCAAAUCCCUUUAGCCCCUUUUCAUAUAAUUCCUACCCGGCGACAAGCAUGUAUCCACAUUAGUGAAAAAAUAAUUUGGUCUGGUACUGUGUCAAAUGAGUAUUCUACAACUGCCGAGGGAAUACUUAGACAAAAGCGAUACAUUUAUAUUCAAAUGUCAACCCACUGGUUUCUUUGAAGAAAUUAAACUCAGCAUUAUGAAUAUAUGAGAAUAAUAAAAGUUGCACAGAUUUUCGCUGGCGAGAAAGAGAAAAGGAACAGACACCUAUGAAUGACCUUGAACUUUCUCUCACUGUUUUAUCUAAGUAAAUCUUGGCAUUAAACUUACAGCGCCGUCGGUGCUCCAGUAUUCAUGUGGCUAGACUGACAUGUGAAUCCGCUAUCCAGAAAUUCCAUUGAGGAAUUAUAUUUUGUAUUUAUAGAAUUGUGUUCUAUAAGACGUAUUAUAAAUUUUGUUAGCGUUGUUUUUUGAAAGAUAAUAAAUUAUAUAUGAUUUUAAACUUGAAAA